UUUAUCUGCGCGAUUUUAGGCGAUUGAUCGAUUCAGCUUCAGAGGAUUUGGAGCGAGGAAAAACCUGACGGCUGACGGUUUGAAAAACACGUUUGCAGUGAGAAUAGUUGAAAGCAUGCUCUCACGGCAAAUCAGAAUGACACUGAAGAGGAUAGCGUACAGUGUACGGCCCAGCUGCCAGCUGGUCUUGAUUGUUCUGGGCGUGCUCACUGUCGUCUGGGUGCUGAUUCUGCUACAGAGGCCCCUGGAGGACAUGGCGUCCACCAAGAACAAACGCAUAGAAGUGCCAAGACCCAAGGAAUAUGCUACCAAGAAAGCGUAUGAAACCGAUAUAGAGAUUGUUUACAAACAAGGAUUCCUAGGGUACAACACAUCAAGGAUCCCAGCCCUGGUUUAUCAUCAGGGCUACUUCCUAGCAUUCUGUGAGGCUAGAAAGGAAACCUUCAGGGACAUUGGAAGCAUGGACCUGGUGGUGCGACGAGGCAGGAGGUUGGAUUGGAAGGUGCAGUGGGGAGAGGUCAUAGUAGUCGUCACUAAACCAGGUUACAGGGUAAUGAACCCUUGUCCAAUUGUAGACAAGGACCUGGAAGCUAUUGUUUUAGUCUUCAUAGCCAUCCCAGCUCAUCUGAGUCAGUGGACGAUGGUGGAAGAUGGAUUCAUACAACAACAGGUCAUGGUUACAAGGAGUUUUGAUAAUGGGUUGACGUGGACCUAUCCCCGUGACAUCACAGCCAGCACUCUAGGCAAGAUGCGUAUCCCGCCGGGAAUCUACGCCCCAGGUCCCGGUCAUGGCAUCCAGACCUCAUCAGGGAAACUCGUCAUUCCAGGCAACUAUUUUGUGAAAGACAAGUUCGGCUCAAUGCUCAAAAAUAACGAUAACUUUAACGACAGCACCAACUAUGCUAAUGUGGUGAUCAGCAGGGACCACGGCCUGUCGUGGUACUUUGGCGGUAGCAUACCGUUUGAUUUUGACCGGACGUGGCGUCCUAUCCACACUGCCGAGCCAAUGGUUGUUGAAAUGCAAGAGGGAGUGCUCAUGCUAAACACCCGAACCCUGCAUCCCGACUUACCCAGAGUUCAAUCCUGGAGCAGAAACGAGGGACAUUCCUUCUCCUCGGGAAAACUAGUACCUGAACUCAUCGAGCCCGGGUAUAAGUUGGUCAACAAUGAAACGCAGUCAUCUAAAGCGGCAGGGUGCCAGGCUAGCCUAAUAGGCUUCCCAGCACCCCACCACAUCAGUAAGCACAAGACCUGGUUAGCUUUCUCCAAUCCGGCCUCCAUGUUCCGCGAGCACAUGUCGGUCCGUCUAAGCAGGGACGGAGGCCGGACCUACACCAACCCCUGGACGAUAUACGAUCUCCCCGCCGCCUACUCGGACCUGACGUAUUUUGAGACGCUGGACCGGGAGACGGGUCUGAAGCUGCAGAACUUUGCCAUCCUCUUUGAAGGAGGCACGGACACUCCCUACGAGAAGAUCAUGUUUAAAAUGUUCAACCUGGAUGCCUUGCUGUCCAGGGUGCCAAGGACUAUCAGACGACAUCGGACUGCCGCCGGUAGUGACUGAGAAUUGCUUUUUCACUUUAAGUUUUGAAUUUGUUAAGUUAGUCACAUAUUGAGGAAAGUGUUCUGUCAAGUCCAUCACGAGAAGAUCAUGUUUAAAAUGUUCAACCUGGACGCCUUGCUGUCCAGGGUACCAAGGACUAUCAGUUGACUUCGGACUGCUGCAACUUGUGACUGAGAAUUUUUUUUUUUUUAAUUUGAGUUUUGAAUUUGUUAAGUUAGUCACAUAUUGAGGAAAGCGUUCUGUCAAGUCCAUCACAAGUCCUCCAGUCCUAAGUCAAGUCACAAGCUAUUCCAAUGAACUGUAAACAUUGCACGGCCUUGUUACAGUUUGUCCGCUGCUAAUUUUGGCAAGACUGGGGAAUAGACCUGUGAUUUAUUUGUGGCCGAAUUUGCGCUGGACGUUUGAUGACAUUUUGAUGGACUUGUGAUGGACUUGAAAAUGGCUCUGACUCAAGUUGCCAGUGGGUUAAUUUUAUUUGCCAAAGAACAAAUCGAUAAGGUGUUGCAAUCAAGUAUGAGACUCUUGUGUUCGUGAGAAAAUUUUCUAACCAGGGGCACAGAUUUGGUCAAGUUGAAGGCAUCUACUUAUUAACAAGGUUGAUAUUGUCAAAUGGAAUCGCAGCUAAGGCACCUUGGAUGAUCUGUGAGAGUGGAUGGUACUGUAGUGCUGUGCGUUUUCGAAUAAUUUUGUAUGUGUGCAUUCGAUUAUUCUAACAUGGACUUGAUCGAAUAUUCAAAUAUUCGAAAUGGGCGUAUCAAGUUUUACCUGCGCCAUCCGUAGCUGACCACCAAUCAUGAUCUGUGUGUGCUGCACUUGUCAAAAAUUGGCAAAGAGCGUUGAAACAAUACAAAGAACAUCAUGGCUGUAUCAAUAUAUAUUUUUUUUUGAGAUAAAGGAAUGGCUGAUGUUUGACAGAUUUUACAGAGGAAUUUUCAGCUUAUGUUCCUCAUGGAAGCGCCCAAAAUCAUGCAUGUAGUCUGGCUUUUGACAAAAGUGUGGCAUUUGACAGUGAAACCAUGUAACAUACUAAAAUAUUGUGGACGUUUUUCAUCAUUUCUUCGAGAGACCACUCGCAUUUUUUUGAAAAAUCUGAAUUGAAAAAAAAAAGCUAUUCGGAUAUUCGGUGGAGGAUUGAAUAUUCAGUAUAUCAGGCACAGAGCCCUAUGGUGCUGUUGGAUCUCACAUGAGCCUGUCAGUGCACUACUUCGCACACAUGAACCAAGUCUCAUCUCUGCCUGCACAAUCAUGUAGCAUCUUUACAUGAAAAAUGUAUUUCCACAUCUUCAGGUGGAACACGCCUGAUGAGUCUCGGGGCUUUGCCCACUGGUUUUCAUAACCUUUGCUCAUGAGUCACAUAUUGCACUACAUGUAGCUGUUGAUGUCAUAACUUUGCAUAGUCCAUUUGCAAAGCCGCCUUGUCCAACUCUUUACACCGUGUUUGCCACACCACAUGCAAUUAACCUUUUUGAGAUAUCGCGGAUGCAAUAGGAUGGGGCUUAAUUUGUAGGGGCUUAAUUUGGGUAAAUACAAAAGAUUUUACCCAGACCAAAUGACGCUUUUAUUGUGUACACCAUAUCUCAAACAGGCUAACUGAAUGGAGCACGGUAGUAACUCAGCUAUAACAUGGCGGUUGCUGGAUGGCAUAAUUAGUGAAAGUGGCAAGUCAAACAUUUUUUUUUUGGUGAGGCUCUAGUGUCGCUGUGGAAAUGCUUACCGCCAUUAGUUUUGUAUUAUUUUAAAGCUUGGAAUCGUAACUUUAUCCCUGGUAAGUAUUGGUUUUAUUUUCACAAGGGUUUUGAAAUGGAAUCAUGUUCCAAUAUAGGCAUGUCAAAAACAUACUUAAUUGAUUUCAAAGAAAAAUCAAUCGUGUGAUUUUUUUCUAAUGUGGAAAUGGUUAAUCAUGUAGAAAAUGUGAAGAUCUCGUUGCCUUUUACUUUGUGUGUUUCCUAUUCUUUUCGAUCCACGUAGGCUACACCUCAAAUGAAUUCACUGUUCUUCGUUUCAAGUUCAAUUUUGAAAUUCACGUGCAAGUAUGUACCUACUCAAAAAAGCGCGCUCAAAGUGUGACUUAAGUUCGCAUCUGAUCAAUUUUUCUUGAAAUCGGUUGAGUUUGUUUUCGACAUGCCUUUAUUUGAACACGAAUAAUUUUAAAACUCUUCUAAUUAU